AUGGCCGAAGAGUUUGAUCCGUGCGAAUGCGUGAACCUAUUAACUCAAGAGCAACGGAUGCAACGGCUCAUCAAUAUGGUAGGCAUCGGCACCGAUGGCCGCACACCAGCGACACCACCACCGGUUACCGACCACCACCUCAUCCACGGCUCUGUCACACCCGUGCGGGCCGUCGAUGCCGUAAGAGACUCGCAGACCGUAUGCAAUGACAACGAGUGCUUCAAUGAUGUGAUGUCGGGCCCGAGCACUGCGGGUGUACUGACCCCGGGAGAUGAGGGCACCCAACUGUCACUGAUGACUGUGAUGAUUGGCUGGAUUGUGCUCGUAAUGAUCCUAUACUUGUUGCGGCCCAACUCGUGGCGCCGGCGCUCACACACCAAAAAG